UUGUGAAUCAGACGCUACCAGAUUGUCUUUCGAUCGCUGACAUCCAUACACAUUAAUCUCCUUAGCAUAUAGCUUGCAAAUAGCGAUGAUGAGUAGGCUUAUCUCAGUGGGGUUGCUCCUGCUGGCCCUUAAUCCCGACUCGAAGGCCCAGGACACCAGCUCUGCAUUGUGCCGCCAGGACGAGCUGUGCACCUCGGUCCAGCGUUGCGAGGAGUCGGACGACUCCGGGCGAAAGGGCAUUGCCCCGCGGAUCUCCCGCUUCUGCGGUGUCGGAAGGAUCUGCUGCGAGAAGGCGCAGCUGGAGAGCUGGGACAUGCAUGCCUCCAAUCCACAGCCAACUCGCCCCAUCACCGCGAUCCAGAACAAGGUUUCCCUCUUUGCGGAGCCUCCGCCGAAUGAGAGUUGCGGCCUGAACAUGGAGUGCGUGCCCAGGAAGCUGUGCCGCGACAACAACGUCAUCAACGACUCCGGAAUCAAGCUCAUCAAUCCCAGGAUCAGCACCAUUCCGUGCAGCAAGUCCCUGUACCGCUGUUGUGCCGUGGACCAGCAGGUGGAGGACAGCCAGAGCCCGUACGUGGAGAAGGAGGCCAGCUUUAAGUACAAGAACUGCGGCUACAGCAAUCCGCAGGGCCUGAUCCCCGACAACGACAAAUUCAACUACACGGAGGACGUCUCCAUUUUCGGCCAGUUCCCGUGGAUGGUGGGCAUCUUCACCGGGCGCCAGGACUUCCUGUGCGGCGGCACGCUGAUCCACCCAAGUCUGGUGAUCACCUCGUCCCACAACCUGAUCAACGAGACGGUAGACACCUUGGUAGCCAGAGCCGGCGACUGGGAUCUUAACAGCCUGAACGAGCCGUACACGCACCAGGGCAGGCGCAUCAAGGAGAUCAUCAUGCACCCGGAGUUCGACCCGGAAUCGCUGUUCAACGACAUUGCGAUCCUCCUGCUGGAAGAGCCCAUCAACCUGGGGCCCCACAUCCAGCCGCUGUGCCUGCCGCCGCCGGAGUCGCCGCAGGUGAUCAACCAGCUGCUGGAGGCCACCUGCUACGCCACCGGAUGGGGCGCCAAGGAGGCCGACAGUGACAAGCUGGAGCACGUGCUCAAGCGGAUCAACCUGCCGCUGGUGGAGCACGACGAGUGCCAGGCCAAGCUGAGGAACACGCGCCUGGAGGCUCGCUUCCGGCUCCGCCCGAGCUUCCUUUGCGCCGGCGGGGUGGAGGGCAAGGACACCUGCAAGGGCGACGGCGGCUCGCCGCUGUUCUGCACGAUGCCCGGGCAGACGGACCGCUACCAGCUGGUGGGCAUCGUGUCCUGGGGCGUGGAGUGCGCCGUGGAGGACAUCCCGGCCGUGUACGCCAAUGUGCCGUACCUCCGCAACUGGAUCGACGCGAAGAUCAAAGGACUUGGUAUCGCAAUACAGGCUACAUAAGCUAGGAAACAACUGUGCAAACUAAAAAUAUGAAAUAUAAAAAGUAUUGGAAUAUCUAAAA